AUGAUUGAUUUUGAAUUGUCGCAAGAACAGUCGGCUGUCCGAAAUGCCGUGCGAGGCUGGGCGAAAGCAAACCUGACAAACGCACGAUCGGUGUACGAGGGACAGGCCGCUUCGACUGGAGAAUGGCGAGAACGUUUCCGGUCGACUCGGCCGAUAUACGCCGAGGCAGUAAAAGACGGCUUGAUCAAGGCCCAGAUUCCGAAAGAACUAGGUGGUGCUGGAGGACCCCUGAUAGAAGCCGCCCUGGUUGUUGAAGAGUUUUACGCGGUCGAGACGAGCGCUUCUCUGACCAUCCUUGGCACUGGUCUUGGACUGACUCCUCUGAUCAUGGCUGGGAGCCCAGAACAACAUCAGAAAUUCUUCAAGCCUUUCUUUGACGGCAUCGGCACACCGUUGGCGAGCCUGGUCUUUUCCGAGCCUGGUGGAAGUGCCAACUUUGCUGAGGAGGGGUCACCUGGUUUCCAGACUGUUGCCAGGGCAGAGGGAGACGAGUAUGUCAUCAACGGUGAUAAGAUCUGGGCCACCAACAGUUCCGGCUGGGAUGAUCGAGGGGCUGAUGUACAAUGUGUGCUUGCCCGCGUUAUUGAUUCCGCUCCCGCCGAGGACGUCCGUAGCCAGACUGCCAUCAUCAUCGUAACACGAGAAGACAUCGCCACGAACGAUCCGGGCGCUUAUCAGGUCCUGUAUCAUCCAGAGACUAUUGGGCACAUUGCAGUCAAUGGCCCUCACAUUCGGUUCAAGGACUUGCGCGUUCCAAAGACAAACCUGCUGGCUCCUCCAGGCAAGGGCGCUGACGUGGUGGAGAUGACCUUCACAGCUUCGGCGUGUUUGGUCGGUGCCAUGGGCGUUGGCAUCAUGCGGCAGACUUUUGAGCGAGCUCUUGCCUGGGCCAAGACCGAGAAGCGCGGUUCGAAAGAGACCAUGUUGAAGAAGCAAAGUGUAGCGGACCUGCUAAUCAAAAUCAAGACUCGAUGCGAAGCUGCUCGAGCUCUCGUUUGGAAAGCUGCUCAUGCUUUCGGCCGCACACAAUAUGGAGCCGAGCUAUGUUAUGAGGCUAAGAUAUUUGGGUCGGAAAGCGCGGUCGAAUCGGUUAUGGAUGCUAUUAACCUCAUAGGCGUGUCUGCGUAUUCUCGCAAGCAACCGUUCGGCGAUUUGCUCAACGACGCGGUGGUGUUGCCGAUCUUUGACGGAGGAAAUGUAGGCGUUCGAAGGCGACAGAUCGAAGCUAUCUUCGCUAAAGAUGGCUAUGAUCCAUGGGAGACAACUUAUGGUGCAGACGAGAAAGGUCCGGCUAUGAUAUCGUAG